AUGUCUGCUGCCAGACCUGUCAUCAACGUCUACUCCGAGUCCGGUAAGGCUGCCAACAGCACUGUUGCCCUUCCUGCUGUCUUCAAGGCCCCCAUUCGUCCUGACAUUGUCAACUUUGUCCACACCAACAUGGCCAAGAACAAGCGUCAACCCUAUGCCGUUUCGGAGAAGGCUGGUCACCAGACCUCUGCUGAGUCUUGGGGUACUGGUCGUGCUGUUGCUCGUAUUCCCCGUGUCAAUGGCUCUGGUACCCAUCGUGCUGGUCAAGCUGCUUUCGGUAACAUGUGCCGUUCCGGUCGUAUGUUCGCUCCUACCAAGACCUGGCGCAAGUGGCACAUCAAGACCAACUUGAACCAAAAGCGUUUCGCUACCGCUUCUGCUUUGGCUGCUUCCGCUCUUCCUUCUUUGGUUAUGGCUCGUGGUCACCGUGUUGAGCAAAUUGAGGAAGUUCCCCUUGUUGUCUCCGAUAACGUUCAAGCUGUCAACAAGACCAAGGAAGCUGUUGCUAUCUUGAAGGCUCUUAACGCUUAUGAGGAUGUCCUCAAGGUCUCCAACUCUCGCAAGCUUCGUGCUGGUGUUGGUAAGAUCCGUAACCGCCGUCAUCGCCAACGUCGUGGUCCCCUUGUUAUCUACAAUGAGGAUAACGGUCUUACCAAGGCUUUCCGCAACUUGCCUGGUGUCGAACUCGUCAACGUUCGUCGCUUGAACUUGCUUCAACUUGCUCCUGGUGGUCACCUUGGCCGUUUCAUCAUCUGGACCCAAGGCGCUAUUGCUCUUCUUGAUGAGCUCUAUGGCACCUACGAGAGCCCUGCCACCCUCAAGAAGGACUACGUCUUGCCUGCUCACAUCAUGACCAACCCUGAUGUCACUCGUCUCAUCAACUCUGAUGAAGUUCAAUCCGUUGUUCGUCCUGCUGGUCCCAAGACUGUCAAGCGUCCCUUCACCCAAAAGAAGAACCCUCUUCGUAACCAAGGUGUCAUGAACCGCCUCAACCCCUAUGCUCAAGUCCUUCGUCGUGCUGAGAUCCUUUCUCAAGAGAAGCGUAAGGCUGGCAAGGUCUCCAAGGUUGCUCAACCCAAGAAGAAGGCUAGCACUGCUGCUUCCAAGAAGUUCACCGAGAUCCUUCGCUCUGCUUAA